AUGUCAUUGAAUGGCCUUGAUGGAACUGCUGUCGCCGAAGCGCACCAGGCUGCGCUGGCGGAGGCUGGAGGAUGGUUUCUGUUGAGCUACAUCAACCGCGACACGGUUGAGUUGUUGAAGAAAGGCACAGGAGGGAUUCAGGAAGUGAGGAACGUGAUAGAGCAAUAUGAAGAGAAAUCGCCGUUAUACGGCUGGUUGCAAUAUCGCCGCAAGAAGGUCAUCCUCAAAUAUGUGCCGGAGGGGACCUCGCGUCUACUGCAAGUGCGGCUUACCGUCCAAUUUCAAUCCGUCUUGGAAACCUUCUCGCCGCAUGACACCGUUUUCUCCUUUACUGCGGCGUCUGAGUUGACCGACUCUGCAUUGGGCCUGAACAAAAUGGUGCUACCUUCCGCCGCUUCGCUGACCUCGUCCAACUCCUCCUUGCGACGACGCAGGCUGGACGAAAUUACCGAAGAUGCAGAGGAGGCGACCUGGACAGCAGAUGAGAUGGUCACGAUGUCUGCUCUGCCUGAGGAACCGAUGACACCGACCUACGGAAGGCGCGAACUCGACGAACUGCCUGCCAGUGCCGUCCUUGCGAAGGCUCUUUUGGCGAAGAGAAAAGAGGAGGCGGUUGCCGCGGCGGCGAGUACGAAGCCUGACAGUGCUACUAUACUACAACCUGAGACAACUGCACCGCUGAGGAAGGACAAUCUCGCUCCAAGAGCACCGGCAGCUUCAGAGCUCCCGUCUCUCGACAAGUCUUUACCUGCUACUCCUGAAGAAAGUCCGCCCGCAACCGGCGACAGGGAGCCUGCCAAAGCGCCUGAUUUCGAUUUUGCGAACAACAUCCUGCUAGACGCAGCCGCAACAAUAUCUGCCGCCGAACCACUCACCCCUCGCCCUCACACACAUCACCUCUCAGCAGCCGAGUCGGACAGCAUCAGUCAAUGGAAUAAUCACGUUGCAUCAUACGCGACCGUCAAGUCGAAGAAGAAGCUGGGUCCCCGGCCGCACGUCGACGCGGCUCAUCGCCCCAAGACCUCUGGCACUUUCGACAUUGACGUGAAUGGGAACGUGCGGCCGGUCGCCAACCUCCCAACUACAGUUCGUGUGAGCACCAGAUCUGUCGUGGGCGCUUCACUACGACCCGGCUCCCAACAAUCUACGCGGAGCGUCCCUGGUCGCUUUGCCCCUUUGAGCCACUCAAUCAAGGAACCUCCGCGGUUGCCAUCUCCCACAUACCUCCAGUCGGUGUACAAACCGAGCGAAAGCCGGCCCACACUACUACGUCCUGCCUCUACGACAACGGAAGGUUCGGCAGCCACUCCAGAUAAGCUGAGGUUGAUGAAGGCUCUGCAGCUGCGGAAACGAAAUAUGUUGCUAGCGCAAAGGGCCUCAACAGCAACGUCGUCUGCCCCGCUGAAUGCAAACACUCACAAUGAAUCCGAUUCAAGUGUCAGCCCGUAUGCUUCGAGCAGCCACCUGUCGUCCUUACCAAGUCAAGAACAACUGGCAAACAUCGACGAAGAAUCUAAACUGGCACAGUCAUCAAGCACUACGUCGCCCACAUUCACGACGAAUAUUUCAGAAGAACUCUCGACAAAGGCAUCUUCGGUCUCUGAACAGGAAGCCGGUUCUCGUAAGCCCCGGUCGUUGUCAUCUGGUACAAGCUCUUCCAUUACACCGAAGGCUAUUGUCAUUAACAGAGAGGAUAUAUUGAGCUCCGCCGAUGCUUUUGUGGACGACAGUGCUGCCGGACUGGCAGAAGGAGAAAUUGCCAAUCCUGCGCAAAAUGAGCCCACUCAAUCUAUGGUGCAUGCUGCAUCAAUAGAGGUCGAGAGGCCCCUUGAUCGAGAUGCUUCGACUGUUGUUCCCAGUUCCGCCAGCUCCGCUCAGGUGCAGGAUGAGCAGGACGAAGAUUCUCCAACCACAGCAGAUGCCUCACAAAGUAGGACCAACGGCAUCGCUCCGUUGUCCAAACAAAGACGGCAGGCACCAACUGAGCCUCUAAGAAUAUUACCGAGUGGUGAUACUUCCACUUCAGACAUGUCGGAAGAUGAGGCACUGAUGGAGGAGCUGCAAAAUGCCACAGUACACGAGGCGAAGCCAGUCUCUGUGGCACGAUCGCCCGUGACUCCUAUCAUGUCGCAGGGUAGUUCGGACAAAUUACGCGACUUCGUCAACAAGACUUCCACUUCCAACUACCAAGCGAGACAGAGUGCACGAAGCACGCCCGAUCGGAAGAGCUCUGCUAGCAUUCGCAGCGUUUCCACCGCUCUUCCACAAUGGCCUCCUGUACAGGCUGAACCGGCUCUAGUACCUCUCACUAAAAAGCCUACUCUGGGAAGUGGUAUCUCCAAACGAAUCAAAGCUCUGGAGGUAUUGACCACGAAAGAUACACAAUCCCUACCUCCUCCACCACCAGUUCGGGUGGCCAGUGGUGGACGAGCAGCGUUCUCGGCCUUCUUGAAGCGUUCGGCCUUCAUCCCCAAUCAACAAAGUCCUAACAUGUCCACUGAGAAAUCCCCUCCGAAGCCGUUGCCUUUCGCAAAAGCCCAUUACGAAUCCGACCCGUCCAAUCUGGCGUCAACAGCACUUCAGCGGCCCCUUAAUGAUGACCGAGGACCAGUGCAAAAGGGCGACAGCAUUUCUGUUACUGCAAGGAUUGUUAGGGAUAACAGCGGCAAACGUCCUCCUAUGUCACCCAGUUCAAGUUAUCAUACACCACUCAACCUGUUCCGGAGCCCUCUGAUCGUCGAGCAUGAAAAACAUGACGAGCUGCCUCAUGACGUAUCCUUGACCUCUAUGCAGUCUCUGACUAUGAGCCCGACGAAGUCUGAAAAAAGUAGAUUCUCAUUUUCUUCCCACAGAUCCGCUUCGCAGACAAAUCUACCCCGUUCCGAGUCCAACACAAGCAAACUUUCAUACGCGAGUGCCCACAAAAAACAUGGCCCGCGAUCCACAAGCGACGCUGCAUCUUCUUAUGAGGAAAAGCCCAAAGGCUCCAGGACUAGUAGGUUGAUGAAGCGGAUGUCCAACCUGACGUCGCCCCGAAAUAAGAACCAUCCAUCAAAGGAGCCGGCACAACCGAUCACAAUACAAGAGCAGUCCGAACUGACUCGGCACGAUUCGGCAUCAGAAUCUCUGCUACAUGUGGUCGAUAUUGGGGACGUCAAUGUGCAGUUUCCCGAAACUCUUCUCUGGAAGCGGCGGUUCAUGAGGGUCGAUGAUCAGGGAUAUCUCAUCUUUUCCCCAGCCAUGACAGAUGCCAACAUGAAAAGUGUCAGCCGCAAAUACCAUCUCAGCGACUUCAAGAGGCUAUCGCUGCCCGAUUUGGGACAAGAAGAAAUGGCUUGGAGUAUUCUUCUUGACCUCAAAGAUGGACGGUGCAUCCAGUGUGCUUGUGAGGGCAGACAUGCUCAACAACAAGUCCUACGAAUGCUUGUUGAUGCUCACCAUGCUUAUCACCAGCUGUACGGAAACAGCAAAUAG